UCAUGUUGUGUUUUUUUAUUUUUCUAAACGUAGAACGUAGGCUUGCCGGGGGGGCUUUGUUCAUUGGUUCAUACUGCGUAGGAUUUGUAUGCGUUAAGCAUGCCAUCAUCCUCAUAAAAUAUUCCCGGGAGCGAUGUAUCCAAUUAGAUCAAGGCCGUAUGACCCGUGUUAUAUACUACCUACUUCUUUACGACGUCGAACCUUUUGACGUUGUAGUAUAAUAACAGCUCAUCUAUACUAGUCGGGCUUCGUGUAUUCGCUGUAUGUCGCCUAACCAUACCGCGAUACAGCCAACAACUUGUGCAUAAAUUCCAACCUGUCUGAUAUGAGUCUAUAUAAGAUAUAUUUGGUUUGGUCGCUCGCUCGACUCGUGCUAUUCGGCGAGGGACAAAGCAUAGAGUCAUGGAAGGCACUCAACAUUUCCGUCGACGGACGUCUCCAUUCAGUUCGGCCAUUUGCGCUACCGUGUUACUCGUUUUAUAACGGGGCAAAAGUCGAGGCCGACGAGGAAGCUUGCGCUUUCGUUCGAGGGGAAUACCUUCAGAAUUCAAUCCGUUCAGAGAGACCAAAUGGCUAUAUGCAUCUCCAGGGUGAGAUGUGUCUAGGAGACCCCGUGGACCAGUGCCUUUUGGAUAACACGGCAAUUCCAGCACCCGAGCCCGCACCGGGGACGUCAUGCAACCAAGGCAGUGUUCCUUCGUACUAUAUCGAGGUCGAGGAAAUUUCUCAUAUUACAGCAGCUCUGAAGUUUACCCAGGACCACGGAGUUCCCCUCGUUAUUAAGAAUAGCGGUCAUGAUUAUAUGACUAGAAACAGCCAGAAAGGGUCAAUCGCUCUUUGGGUACACAAGUUGCAAGGCCUCACAUACCAUGAUGACUUUGUGCCGGAUGGAUGUGGAGCGGACGUAAGGGCUGGCCGUGCUAUUACCGCAGGCACUGGUGUCAGCACAGGAGAUAUUUACAACUUCGCACAUGAACACGGAAGCACUUUUAUCGGAGGCUAUUCCCCGUCGGUUGUUGCUUCUGGGGGUUGGGUUCUAGGUGGCGGACAUAGCGUCUUGUCACCGGUGUAUGGUCUUGGAGCUGAUCGAGUGGUUGAAUUCAAGAUCGUCACUCCCGACGGUGCUGUUCGUAUUGCUAAUCAAUGCCAACAUGAAGACCUGUUCUGGGCGUUGCGAGGCGGUAGCGGGGGGACGUUCGGCGUCGUGCUAGAAGCUACUCACCGUGUCGAGCCAUUGAUGCCAGUCGCAGUCGCAAGCAUCAAAUUGUCUCCGAAUGGCACUGCGGAGACAUCUUUAGAAUGGAUCGAACUAAUGGCUCGGGAGUCCUUGGCUUGGGGUAAACAGGGAUGGGGAGGUCAUGCAGCAGGUACAUAUUUAACUUAUAUGAAUCCUACGCCAGAGAUUGCCAACUUAACGGAUGGUGGAGGUGCUGCCAAGGGUUCCAUGAGAACCGCAUCAGACUUUGCACUCGCUCAUGGAGGUAGUAGUGUAAUUGAGGUUCUCCCCAACUUUCUUGACGUGUGGAAUAAAUACGUCUUACCCGGGGCGCUGACAACAGCUGGUGUUACUCGCGUGCUGGCAACGAGGCUUAUACCACGGAAGCUAUUUAGCGAUGAAGCUGGAAUUGCCAAGUUGAUGGAUUUCAUGAAGGCUGCACAAGCGCUGGGAUUUGAUCCGCGAAACUUUUACUGCCCAGCAGAUACACCUUUCGUCGCAGAUGCCAUGACGAAGUUGGCAGUGGGAAAUCACACAAGGCCAAUGACCUCUGUUCAGCCAGCCUGGUAUAAUUCUCUUUGGGAUAUUUCAACGUCUCUAAAAAUCGUCUGGAAUGCGUCCUAUGCCGAAAGGUUGAAAAAUAUGACAGCUAUGACAAGAGCAACGCUUCUUGCGGAGGAACUAACAGGUACGGAUGGAGGGACUUACCCUAACGAAGCUAACCCCUUUACUCCGAACUGGCAGCAAUCUUGGUGGGGCGAAAACUAUGCGUCUUUGCUCCAGAUUAAAAAGAAGUACGAUCCAAAGGGGCUCUUGAAGUGCUGGAAGUGUGUUGGUUUUGAAGAUGAGGAUAUAUCAAGUGACAGAUUCAGUUGUCAGGGGAAGUUACAAUUGGACGUCGACUAUAAUAUUGCAAAUUUAAUGUAAUUAGACUAGCUCGCCUACCAUAGGUACCUCCAUUCGGAUACUCCUCAACUUCAACCAAUAUGUUUCCCACAGAACUAGAAAAUGUAAAGGCUCAUUCCAUUUCUAUCUUUCUUUCUU